CGAGCGAGCGAGCGGCCUGUCACAUCUGAGGCGGCGAUGGCGGGCCGGGGCGGAGGUGGCGGUCUAUUGCCCUUCGCGUUAUCUUCGUUCUUAUUAUUUUUGUUGUGGCGGCGUGGAGCGGAGGCGGCUCACAUUAAGAAAGCGGAGGCCGCGGCCUCCACGGAGCCCUCGGCUGCCGGCGGCGACGCGGCGACGCGCUACCUGGACGAAGCGGAGCUGGGGGCGUCGCUGCGUCGCUUGGCGGAGGACGAGGCCCCUCGCGGCUUGGCCAGGCUCUUCUCCAUCGGCCGCUCGGGCGAAGGCCGGGAGCUGUGGGUGCUGCGCCUCAGCGCCGACCUGCCGGAGCCCGGCGGCGGGAGCGGCGACGUCGGCGACCCGGUGGGCGGACCCCCCAUCCCGGGCCGCCCGCAAGUCAAGCUGGUGGCCAACAUGCACGGCGACGAGGCCCUUGGCAGGGCCCUGGUGGUCCGCCUGGCCCGCGAGCUGGUUGCGGGGUGGCUCCGCGGGGAACCCCGGGCGCAGCGCCUCCUCAACGGCACCGACCUCUACCUCAUGCCCAGCCUCAACCCGGACGGCUUCGCCCGCGCCGAGGAGGGCGACUGCGGCGCCGAGCAGGACGCCUCCGGGAGGGAGAACGCCAGGGGGAAAGACCUCAACCGCAGCUUCCCGGACCAGUUCGGGGCAGCCCAGCCGGACCUGGCCAACGUCCCCGAAGUGCGCGCCCUCAUGGACUGGAUGCGGCGCAACCGGUUUGUGCUUUCUGGGAACCUGCACGGGGGAUCUGUUGUUGCAAGCUAUCCAUUUGAUGACUCCGCUGUGCACAAGACCUCUGGGGUGUACAGCAAAUCUGCCGAUGAUGAGGUAUUCAGGUAUUUAGCAAAGGCUUAUGCAUCAAACCAUCCAAUAAUGAAAACUGGCACCCCAAACUGCCCUGGGGAGGAAGAAGAAACUUUCCAAGAUGGCAUCACCAAUGGUGCUCAGUGGUACGACGUGGAAGGUGGCAUGCAGGAUUAUAACUACUUGUGGGCCAAUUGCUUUGAAGUCACCUUUGAGCUUUCCUGCUGUAAAUACCCACCAGCUUCGCAGCUUGAGAAGGAAUGGGAGAAUAACCGGGAAUCUCUUCUCGCCUUCAUUGAAAAAGUUCACAUUGGAAUCAAAGGGUUUGUGAGGGAUUUGGUGACUGGGGCUGGCUUGGAAAAUGCAACUAUUGCUGUGGCUGGGAUUGAUCACAACAUCACAACUGACUGGUUUGGUGACUAUCACAGACUGCUGGUGCCUGGGAUCUACAACAUCACAGCUGCUGUCAUGGGCUACCUGCCAGUCACCAAAGUGAAUGUAGAAGUCAAGGAAGGGAAUGCAACUGUUGUGGACUUCUCCUUGCAACCUUCAAUAGCAGUGCUGGCCUCUGACCCAACCCAGGAUGUGCCACUAGCCACCACAGAGUCUGUUACCAACACCACCAACACCACUGAUGCAAAUAGGACAACUUCCUUCCACCAAGCGAUCCAACCAGAGGAAUUCCGCCAUCAUCAUUUCCCUGACAUGGAGAUCUUCUUGAGGAAAUAUGCCACCGAGUACCCAAAUAUUGCUCGCCUCUACUCAGUUGGCAAGUCGGUGAAGCAGCUGGAAUUGUAUGUCAUGGAAAUAUCUGACAACCCAGGCAUCCACGAAGCAGCUGAACCAGAGUUCAAGUAUAUUGCAAAUAUGCAUGGCAAUGAGGUAGUAGGAAGAGAGCUUCUCCUUAAUCUCAUUGAGUACCUCUGCAAGAACUAUGGCACAGAUCCUGAAGUAACUGACUUGGUCCAAAACACUCGGAUCCACAUCAUGCCAUCCAUGAACCCUGACGGCUACGAGAAAGCCCAUGAAGGAGACAGAUUAGGGAUUGUUGGCAGAAACAACAGCAACAACUAUGACCUGAAUCGGAACUUCCCUGAUCAGUUCUUCCAGGUCACUGACCCUCCACAGCCAGAGACAUUAGCUGUCAUGAGCUGGCUGAAGACCUACCCAUUUGUGCUUUCUGCAAACUUGCAUGGAGGCUCUUUAGUGGUUAACUACCCCUAUGACGACGACCAACAAGGAGUUGCGACAUACAGUAGAUCCCCUGAUGAUGCAGUCUUUAAGCAAAUUGCACUUUCCUAUGCCAAGGAGAAUGCACGGAUGUUUGAGGGUCACCCCUGUGCAGACAUGUAUCCUGGCGAGUACUUCCCUCACGGCAUCACCAAUGGAGCUCAGUGGUAUAAUGUUCCAGGUGGCAUGCAGGACUGGAAUUACUUAAACACCAAUUGCUUUGAAGUGACCAUUGAGUUGGGCUGCAUCAAAUAUCCUCAGUCAGAGGAGUUGCCAAAAUACUGGAAGCAGAACCACAGGUCUCUGCUGCAAUUCAUCAAGCAGGUCCACCAAGGCAUCAAAGGGUUUGUGUUGGAUGCCACAGAUGGACGGGGCAUCUUAAAUGCGACCAUCAGUGUUGCGGACAUUGAUCACCCUGUCUCUACCUAUAAGAGUGGAGACUAUUGGCGCCUGUUGACCCAGGGAACAUACAAAAUUACAGCAUCUGCACGAGGGUAUAAUUCAGAAACUAAGACAGUGAAAGUUGGAGGUAAAGGUGCAGUGCAGGUCAACUUUACUUUGACUCGAAAAGACUCCAAAGUAGAGGAGGGGACAGUACCAGAUAAAAAUAUGGUUGGCCUCAACGGCACAGUCACCAAAGAGUUUGAGACCCUGAUUAAAGACCUCUCAGCAGAGAAUGGCUUGGAGCGCCUCCUGCUGUCGUCAUCGGCAGAUGUCCAGCCUCAUCGCUACCGUUCCUACAAUGAACUCUCCGAGUCUCUCAGAGGCCUCAACUUGAACUAUCAGAAGAUCACAAAUCUCUCAAGCUUGGGCCAAAGUGUUGAGUUUCGUCAUAUCUGGUCCCUGGAAAUCUCCAACAAACCCAAAGAAUCUGAGCCAGAGGAGCCAAAGAUCCGUUUUGUGGCUGGCAUCCAUGGCAACGCCCCUGUUGGCACAGAGCUACUCUUGGCCUUGGCAGAGUUCCUCUGCAUGAACUACAAAAAGAACCUGGCCAUUACCAAGCUGAUUGACAAUACAAGAAUUGUCAUCGUGCCAUCCCUGAAUCCAGAUGGGCGAGAGAUUGCUCAGGAGAGAGACUGCACUUCAAAGACGGGCCUGACCAACAUUCAUGGCAAAGAUCUGGACGCUGAUUUCACAAGCAAUUCCUCUGGGGCAAGAGAACCGGAAACCAAGGCCAUCAUGGACAACCUGAUACUGAAGCAAGACUUCAGUCUCUCUGUUGCCUUGGACGGAGGAUCUCUGCUUGUCACUUACCCCUAUGACAAGCCUGUGCAGACAGUGGAGAACAAAGAGACUCUGAGAUAUUUGGCAUCUGUGUAUGCAAACAACCAUCCCACAAUGCAUCUGGGCCAGCCUAGCUGUCCAAACAAGUCAGAUGAGACUAUUCCUGGAGGGGUGUUGCUUGGGGCUGAAUGGAACAGUCACCUGGGAAGCAUGAAGGAUUUCAGUCUUUCCUACGGACACUGCCCAGAGAUGACGGUAUACACUGGCUGCUGUUACUUUCCCAGUGCGGGGCAGCUUCCUACUCUCUGGGCGGAGAAUAAGAAAUCUCUUCUCAGCAUGCUAGUGGAGGUUCAUAAAGGAGUCUACGGGUUUGUCCGAGACAGGCAUGGACAGCCAGUGUCGAAAGCUCAAAUUGUGCUCAACGAAGGGGUAAAAGUCUACACUAAGGAAGGUGGUUAUUUCCAUGUGCUGCUGGCUCCUGGCUACCAUAAGAUCCAUGCUAUAGCGGAAGGUUAUCAGCAGCAGAAUGUCAAGGUCUUGGUUCGCCAUGACAUGGCUAGCUUUCUCCAUGUGCAGUUUGACACGGACAACAAGAUCUUUGGCCUUCCAAGGGAGUUGGUGGUUACGGUAGCAGGUGCUACCAUGACAGCUGUGAUCCUGACAGCCUGCAUCAUCUGGUGUGUGUGUUCCAUCAAGUCCAACCGGCACAAGGACGGCUUCCACCGCCUACGACAGCACCAUGACGACUAUGAGGAUGAGAUCCGCAUGAUGUCCACGGGCUCCAAGAAGUCCUUGCUGAGCCACGAGUUCCAGGAUGAAACGGACACUGAGGAGGAGACACUCUACUCUAGCAAACACUGACCCACCCGGCAGCAGGGAAGUUCCCUGCAGAGACAGAUCCUGCAACACUGAGCAUCCCCCCCCCCUCAAGCGACGGACCCAGAACGUGUGUCCUCCCAAACCUUUGCUCUUGGCUCAUGCCAGUUCCUGGUUUAUGCACAAGGAGGGCACCCCACCCCACCCCACUCUCCAGCUGGCUUCUCUUCUAGUCAGGAGUGCAACUGGAAGCCUGGUUGCUUACAAGCCCACUCCAGGGAGGGGAACGCCCAAAUGGUUUUGUGGCAUUGCUAGCACUUUGGCAAUGUUUUCCCUAAGCCCAUCUGAGACUUUUCACUCCAUGCAAUUAUCUGUGGGAAAUUCACUGUAGCUGCCAAGACGUUUGUCUAAACUACUGCUGCUCCAGCAGCAUAUGGAAGUUUUUGGAACCUCUUAUUCUCUUCUGCCUGGGGCAGGGUCAAUGGGUGCAGGGUGUUAGGAAACUGGUCUUUGCUCACUACUUAGAGGAAUUAAGCUCUUCCUUCUGUUAAGAAUGACUUCAGGUUAGGUUAUUUUGGCAGAAGCCUGGUUCAUGGUUACCUUUGACUCCUAGCAAGAGAGGAGCGUUGUAUCAAGAUGCAAGAAUCUCUGUCUCCAGUUAAGGUGACAGUUCUUUUGAAAAAUAAAAAACAUGUUUUGGUUGA